AUGGCACCGGUCUCAGCAUGUCUGGUUUAUGCAUUGGCCUUAUUUGUUCUAAUCAGUGUUGCACUAGCUGAAUACGAGCCUUAUACGCCCGUCUACAAGGAAACUCCAUACAAGAAACCAGUUGUAGAGGUUACUGCAGAAGUGUAUCUUCCAAAAUAUGAAGCUCCUAAAUACGAAGCACCUGCUUACGUGGCUCCCAAAUACGAAGCACCAAAGUACGUAGCUCCCAAAUAUGAAGCACCAAAGUACGAAGCACCAAAGUACGUAGCUCCCAAAUAUGAAGCACCAAAGUACAUCGUUUCCAAAUAUGAAGCACCAAAGUACGAAGCACCAAAGUACACUCCUAAAUACGAAGCACCAAAAUACACUCCUAAGUACGUAUACACAUCUCCACCACCACCGCCAAAUGCAAUUUUUAUAGGUUGCAGAUAUAUGUUCGCUAAUGGAAUUUCAUUUCCUUUUUGCUUUGCUGUUUCUGGAUUAUGA